AUGCCGGACCCUCACCUAAUCGACACCUCUUCAUAUUUCGACUGCUAUCAACAACAACAGCCACACCAGUAUCCGAUCCUCCCGGCUUCUGCCUCUUCAACAACAUCAACACCUUCAACGUCUUCUAUCCUUCUCUCAUCUUCUCAUUUUACAUCUGGAGCAUCGGUACCGCCCUACUCACCAACAUCGUCUCAUAUUCUGACACCUCCUUCUGUAAUUCCAACGCCUUCUCCAUCGACGACGUCGAUUGCAACGUUCGGUUUUCCAAUGGCAGAAUAUAAUUUGGAUCAGAUGGAAGCCAUCUGCACAUCCCUAUUUCAAGCAAGAGAUGGUGAACGGUUGGUGGCAUUUUUUAAUCAGAUGAAAGAAAUGUAUGGAUCAAAUGCGUUGGAUCAUUUUGGAAGCGAAUCUAUUGUUGUAGCCUACACCUACGCACUGUACCAUUCGAAUGACUUUGAACGACUCUUUCAUCUUCUUUCAACUCGUCACUUCCAUGCCACAUUCUUUGCGGAUCUUCAGGAAAUUUGGCACUAUGCCAGAUACAAAGAGAGUCAAUUGAAGAGAGGAAAAGAGUUGAAUCCAGUAGAGAAAUACAGAUUGAGAAGAAAGUUUCCACCACCGAAGACUAUUUGGGAUGGUGAGGAGACAGUGUACAGUUUCAAGGAUUCCAGUCGAAAAUACCUGAAAAAGUUCUUCAAUGAUGUCAAUCAGUAUCCAAAUCAAGAGCAGAAAAGGGAAAUUUCCAGAGCCACCGGAUUGAAAGUUGUUCAGAUCUCCAACUGGUUCAAAAAUCGUCGUCAACGUGACAAAACCGACAACGGAUCUCCUCCAUCCAGCUCGGCGAGUUCCAACGGAGGCAAUGAGUUUCCACCACUCGUCGAUGCACAACGAUUCAAUCUGACUGCUGUACCAUUCAAUAUGAAUGUCAACAUGUUUUUUGAUAACUGA